CAAGUGAGAGUAAAACACAACUCAAAUGCCUAUAUAACGGAACUGCUGCAAAGUAAAGUAGAAACUCAAAAUUGAGCAACAUCUGUAAAAGAAUGGCGGAUGAUUCAGCAGCACCUUCGAUUGAUGGCAACGUCCUCGUGGCGAAGUCACUGUCUCAUCUCGGCGUAACCCACAUGUUCGGCGUCGUUGGGAUCCCCGUCACGUCUCUAGCUAGCCGAGCCAUGGCUCUCGGGAUACGUUUCAUCGCCUUCCACAACGAACAGUCCGCCGGGUACGCAGCAUCCGCUUACGGUUACCUCACGGGCAAACCCGGGAUACUUCUCACGGUUUCGGGUCCGGGUUGUGUUCACGGGCUCGCGGGUCUUUCCAACGCUUGGGCGAACACGUGGCCGAUGGUGAUGAUCUCUGGCUCUUGUGAUCAGAGAGAUGUUGGUCGUGGAGAUUUCCAGGAGCUUGAUCAGAUCGAAGCUGUGAAAGCUUUCUCGAAAUUAUCUGAGAAAGCCAAGGAUGUUCGUGAAAUCCCCAAUUGUGUUUCUAGGGUUUUGGAUCGAGCUGUUUCGGAUCGACCCGGUGGGUGUUAUUUGGAUCUUCCGUCUGAUGUGUUGCGUCAGAAGAUUUCGGAAUCGGAAGCUGAUAAAUUGGUGGCUGAGAUUGAGAAAUCUAUGAAGCAAGAACCAAUUCGGGGAACUUGGAGAUCAGAGAUUGAAUUGGUGGUUUCGUUGCUGAGGAAAGCUGAGAGGCCAUUGAUCGUGUUUGGGAAAGGAGCUGCGUAUUCGAAAGCAGAGGAUGAGCUGAAGAAGCUCGUUGAAGUUACUGGAAUACCCUUUUUACCGACUCCGAUGGGUAAAGGUUUGUUACCGGACACACACGAGCUCUCGGCUACGGCGGCGAGGUCGCUUGCUAUUGGGAAAUGCGACGUCGCUUUGGUGGUUGGAGCUAGGCUUAACUGGCUUCUUCAUUUCGGAGAGUCGCCAAAAUGGGAUAAAGAUGUGAAAUUUAUAUUGGUGGAUGUCUCUGAGGAAGAGAUUGAGCUUAGGAAACCGCACUUGGGAAUUAUUGGAGAUGCCAAAACUGUGGUUGGAUUGUUGAACAGAGAGAUAAAAGACGAUCCUUUUUGUAUCGGUAAGUCGAAUCCAUGGGUGGAAUCGAUUUGGAAGAAGGCGAAAGAGAACAGUGAGAAAAUGGAGAUACAGCUUGCUAAAGAUGUCGUCCCUUUCAAUUUCUUGACACCUAUGAGGAUAAUCAGAGACGCCAUUUUGGCGGUGGAAGGACCAAGUCCUGUUGUGGUAUCUGAAGGAGCUAAUACCAUGGACGUAGGAAGAUCGGUUUUGGUUCAGAAAGAACCAAGGACAAGGCUUGAUGCAGGAACGUGGGGAACAAUGGGUGUUGGUUUAGGUUACUGUAUUGCUGCUGCUGUUGCUUCUCCUGAUCGCCUUGUCGUGGCCGUUGAAGGAGACUCUGGUUUUGGAUUCAGCGCCAUGGAAGUUGAGACAUUGGUUAGAUACAAUCUUCCUGUGGUGAUUAUAGUGUUCAACAACGGUGGUGUCUAUGGUGGUGACCGAAGGAGUCCUGAAGAAAUCUCUGGUCCUCAUAAAGAAGAUCCAGCACCUACAUCGUUCGUUCCUAAUGCAGGCUAUCACAAGCUUAUUGAAGCCUUUGGAGGCAAAGGUUACAUUGUAGAAACACCCGAUGAGCUUAAAUCCGCUCUCGCUGAGUCAUUCGCCGGAAGAAAACCCGCAGUGGUUAACGUUAUCAUCGAUCCUUUUGCUGGUGCUGAAAGUGGGAGAUUACAGCACAAGAACUAAAAGCAUAAUACAUAAUGUGAAGUUGUUUGUAAACAAGCGUUUUUUGUUUUCAAGUUUCAACUAUUGUAAACCGGAUCAUAACUUGUUCGGUUCGAUUUUUAAAUCAUAAUUGAAUAAAAAACACGUUUCCGGUUCAAUU